GUGAAAGAAAUUAGAAUUCUCAAGAAGGUUAAUCAUCCAAAUAUCGUUAAAAUGUAUGAGGCUAUUGAUACAUCAACUUAUGUAUACUUAUCCACAGAGUACAUCUCUGGCCCAUCUUUGCUGAAAUAUCUGAAAUCAAAACCAGACAGGAUAAUGGAGGAAGAAGAAGUAAGACUAAUCUGGAAACAGGUAGUCCAAGCAAUAGCCUAUCUUCACAGUAAGAAUAUUUCACACAGAGAUAUUAAGCUGGAGAAUAUCUUAUUGACAAAGGACUUAAAGACAGUCAAACUAAUCGAUUUUGGUUUCUCUACUGUAUGAUCUCCUUACAAAAAGCUAAAGAUCUAUUGUGGCACACCAUCCUACAUGUCACCUCAAAUCGUACAGAGAAGAGAGUAUCAUGGCCUUCCUGCUGACAUAUGGGCCUGUGGUAUCCUUCUUUUCACUAUGUUCUGUGGAAGAUUCCCAUUCAAAGGUUCUUCAGACAGAGAACUAUACCGUAAGAUCCAGAGAGGGUUAUACAACACUCCUGAUCAUGUUCCGUGCCAGGUAAAAGGUUUGUUGACCAAGAUUCUCAAUAUUGAUCCAAUAAAGCGGAUCACUGCUGACGAAAUUCUUGAACAUGAUUGGGUUAAAAAGUAAAAUUUCUGAUUCAAUUCAAAUAAA